UAUGAUCUAGUAAAACUAUUCUGAAAAUUUAAAUAAGUAAUUAUAACUAGAACGUCGAAUGUUUUAAUUCCAUGUUGUACAGUACUAAUUAAACUAUCGAAACUUAUUAAAUUAGCAUUCAUCUCGCUAGGCACUUUUCAACAGAGUCUUAUAAAAGAUUGUUUUGACUGCAGCUCAGCCAUUUGUCUCGCAAUGUAUUUGAAGUGUGUUAUUUUGCUCUGUGUUACAGAGUUGUUAGGAGUUGUUAUAGCAAACUUCUACACACCCAGUAGAGUUGUGGGAAGGAGGGUAGCCAAAUAUGAUCGAAAAAAAAGUCGCGGCUAUCCCUUUGAAUUGGGCUUAGGUUAUUACUAUCAGGGGGAUAUAAUGUUGGUGCCUCCCAAAAAAGGAAGAGUGUCCGUUUCUGAGAGCAAAGUUGACCAGAUAUGGCCCAAUGGAAGGGUACCAUACGAAAUCUUGGGAGAUUUUUAUCCGAUAGACUUACAAACUAUCCAAGAUGCAAUGGAUAUGUUCGAAGAGCACACAUGUGUACGAUUCGUGAAAAAAACUGAAGCCGACGAUUUGUGGGUUAAAAUUGUGAACAACGAUACCGGAUGUUUCUCAUAUGUUGGCAGACAAAUGGACAAUGCUUACAACUUGAUCAACCUUCAAACACCGUCCUGUCUGUACACUACUGGGACUCCGGUCCAUGAAAUGAUGCACGCAAUUGGUUUUUAUCACGAGUUUACGCGUCCAGACCGUGAUGAUUGGAUUAACAUCAACCGGUCCGCCCUCCGGGAAGAAUUACAAACAAAUUCUGAAUUUGACACAAACUUCGGCAAAUUAGAUGCAAAUGAGGUUGAUACCUAUAAUGUAUCCUACAACUAUGGAAGUGUGAUGCAUUAUUCCAUGUAUGCCGGUGCCAAAAGUUUUGAAUACCCAGUUCUUACUAAUAAGCAACCAUGGAAUGGGGGAGAUUUCGGAAAUGAUGACGGAUUUGCAGAAUCGGAUAUAGAGCAGGUUAACAUAAGAUACAAAUGUUCUAGAAAAAAGACGUCACCAAACCGAAGAGCGAGAAGGAAGAAGUUGAACAAAUCGAAGAUCCUAAAAUCGACCUAAAUUGAUUUCAUUUUUGUAAAUCUUAUUAUUACUUUUUUUUGACAUUGGUGUCAUGCGAGCUACUGGUCGAUAUUCUACCGGAACGCACCAAGUGUCAAAAAAAAUCAGUCUACCUUAAGUUAGUAGCUGACUCGUUGUCAUUCUUUUUGUAGAUUUCAAAAUAAGUUUCAUACAAC